AUGAGGACUGAAAUGAACGUACACGCGUGCUUGUACACAGUUCAGUUCACGUGUGGCUCUCAGGGCUCCUGGACAACUUCCCACUUUAAUUCUGCUAUGAACCUCCAUUGUUACAGCUCAUCUGAUCCACAGGCAGAGAAUGCCUCUGUGUUGUAUGAUGAUCACUUUGACACUGUGAAUCUGUGGCAGAGAGGUGAUCAGCAUACACCCCUCCCCACCUGCUCCUCCAUCUCCCCUCCUGACUCCGGCUGCCUGGUGUGUGUGGACCAGAUCGUCUACGCUGUCUGCCGUAACCUGACAGAGAAGGUGAUCACUAUGGAGGCCGGAGUAGCCUACGUCAAAAUCUCAAAGGACGAGUGUCCCUGGCUUCUUGGUGAUGCCACUGUUCAAAGUGCUACUGAAUCUCCAUUAAGCACAAUUCAAAGUACUGACUCUGCAGGAACCAACCCAGGUACUUGGGAAUGGUGGCAGAUCUUCAUCCCCAUCCUCCUCCUCCUCCUCAUCGCUGCCCCGAUGGUUUACUGCAUCUGGAGGAAAUGGUGCAAAACUUCUGAAUUGCUGACAAUGGCAAAGGUAAAUAAAUCUUAUGUUCAGCCAAACUAA